AAAAUCUGGACGGCCGAUUGCGGUAUUCUGCACUCUUUAAACAUGGCAGCGUUUUCAGACGCUUUGCUGUUGACUUCGGGCUUUCUUUUGCGUCUGGCACUCAUUUACACUUCGAUCGGCAAGCGGAUCUCAGACAGAGUCGAAGUGUCCACGCCGCUCAACUCAUGGAGACGGGUCACCGAAGGCCUGUACCUCCAGCGGAUGCAGAUGUCCCCUUACGACGGGGACGUCUUCCAUGAACCUCCGCUGUCACUGGCCCUCUACGACGGCCUCACCAGGGCGCUGGGAGAUCACUACCUGCCGCUCUUCUUCGUCAUAUGUGACCUGGUGACCGCCCUGCUCCUGUCGGGCGCAGCCAAGAAAGGUAUGCAGUUCAUGGUGGCCCAAGAAAACCAGAUCGGAAAGGCUAAGAGCGCCGAGUACAUGCGUCUGACGGAGAAGUCGGUGCCGUCCGUUCCCAAGCUCGUACUGGCCGUCUACCUGUUGUCCCCGUACAGCCUCUUAAACUGCGUGGGAAUGGCAACCACGACCUUCUCCAACCUCCUGCUGGCGGCGUUCCUUCUGGCUAUGGUUCGUGGCCGCUGGCUCCUGGCGUCGGUGGUUCUGGCGCUGGAAGCCUACAAGUCCUUCUAUUCUGUGAUGCUUCUGGUGCCGGCCCUGCUCUACUUCGUCCAGGCACACCGAGGCACGGGUCGGGUAUUCGUUCCGGCACUGGCGGCGGUUGCCGCCUUCGUGACCACUCUGGGCUCCCUCCUCUACGCGUCGUUUCUCGCCACGGGCUCCUGGAAGUUCCUGCGGUCCACCUACGGCUGCAUCUGCUGGGUUCCGGACCUGACGCCCAACAUCGGCCUCUUCUGGUACUUUUUCACCGAAGUGUUCGAGCACUUCCGGGCUUUCUUCCUCUGGAUCUUCCAGCUCAACGCCUUCGUCUACAUCCUACCGCUCGCCAUCAGGCUGAGGAAGGAACCGCUUCUGCUGCUGUUCAUCAUCGCAGCGCUCACAGCGGUCUUCAAGUCUUACCCGAGCGUGGGCGACGUGGCGCUUUACACGGCCUUGCUGCCCAUGUGGAGGCACGUCUUUCCUUACAUGAAGCAGUACUUCUUGGUCGCCUGCGUGUUUGUGGCGUGCACGGCGCUUGCACCACUCCUCUGGCACCUUUGGAUCUACUCGAGCAGUGCCAAUGCCAACUUCUAUUUCGGCAUCACACUUGCGUUUAACACGGGGCAGAUAUUUCUCAUCACGGAUCUGCUGUUUGCCCACGUCAAGCGCAGGUUUUACCUCGAAAACGGGGAUCCCAAGGAGAUAGAGGCCAAAAACUUGAGGCUUGAGCUACACUAGGUGCUCCCGUGCACUUACCUUGGACCCAGUUGUGACUCGGGUGCUGUGGAACUGUGCCAGGACAUUUUGCCAGGGGCCCCAACUGGAGGUCACAGCAUAAACAUUCCAGUGUGGGGACCAUAUCAUAAGAAAGAUUAAGCCUUGGAACAAGGACUUUUUUUUUUUUUUUUUUUUGAGAACUUUUUGAGGAUUGUGGCCCAAACCUGCAUUAUUUAGUUGGUUGCUUAAUUCAAUCCAAAUAUAUUUCAGAAGCAGGGAAACUAAAGUCAAAGCAAAUGUCAAGUACUAGCAUUCUCCCCAGUGUGUUGUGAUGAAGUAGGAGAUAGUAGAAGGUUAUUGGACCCUUGUAAAUUACUGUGCACCCAUUAGCCAUGGGGGAGCUCUGUAAACAAGGUGGAACUGGUUCUUUGAAGCUUCGUCAGAUAUAUUCAGCUGAGCAGAGUUUUAGUAGUAGUGUCUUUAUUUCAGAUAAAACCGGGGGAUGCUUAAAAAUCUGCUUGUAUAUCUCCUUCUUUGUUAAAUGACAAGCAUUGACACAGAGGAAAUGUGUUGUGAGAGCAUUGCACAUGCUGUAAAAAACGAACAGAAUAUUUUCAGCAUUUCAAGUAAUUUCUGAGAGGUCAAACAAGACAGUAGAGAGUGCAUAUUUUUACCAUCUGCAUACAUUACCAAAUCAGUAUGCCGAACCCUUGCUCCUCAGAUUCAAGGAAAAGGUUUGAGAGGUUUAAAGAUGAGAUUGGGUUCAGGGUCUUCAAACAAGCAGCUCAAAUAUCUGAGUGGAGUAACAAAGGAUUCUUUCAAAUUAGAAAUAUACUGAAGCAAUGGUGAGGGUGCCGGCUAGCUGGUGUAAAUUGAGUAUCACCUUUUGGCAGUAUGUUCCCCAUUUUAUUGCUGCUCAGAUGAAUGCAUUCAAUACAGUUGUAGGCAUCAUUGAGUGCUGUAAAGAAUGUGAGGGGCCUAGACUCUUUAUGGCCCUAUGGCUAGUUGGUAGAUGACUGUAUGCACCACAUUGUGUUGUGAUCAAAUAAAACAUGUCUACAAGAAUUCA